AUGGAAGAAGUCCUAAUAACCAUCAACAGAGAUUUCAUCAGUCUACAAGAUGAAGAGUUGAAAUACAAUAACAUACUGCUAAGAUCAACUCUGGACAGUCUUAUAUUGAUAAUGCAAAAAGAAGAUCCCCUUUUCAAAACCCUCUUCGAAAGACUAUUUUACGGAGGAAGCUUCUACGACAACCUAAAAGUUCAAAAUCCUAACGAAUUUGAUAUUCAUUUGCUCAUGGUUUUGCCUUCAUGCGAAAUCCACAAAUCCAACACCUGUAAAUGUGUUAGAGUUGAACGCAGUGACAGAUGCGGAUAUGUUUGGUUCAAAACGGAUAAAACUUAUUACGCCGCCAUAAGCAGCUGGAUAGAUUCUAAAGGUUUCGUGCAAACGAAUCUAGUUCUUAACUGUAUUGCCAAAACUAAGCCCCCGACUAAUCCAGAUGUAGCCAAAGCCCAGAAGAAAAUGGAAGAAGUCCUAAUAACCAUCAACAGAGAUUUCAUCAGUCUACAAGAUGAAGAGUUGAAAUACAAUAACAUACUGCUAAGAUCAACUCUGGACAGUCUUAUAUUGAUAAUGCAAAAAGAAGAUCCCCUUUUCAAAACCCUCUUCGAAAGACUAUUUUACGGAGGAAGCUUCUACGACAACCUAAAAGUUCAAAAUCCUAACGAAUUUGAUAUUCAUUUGCUCAUGGUUUUGCCUUCAUGCGAAAUCCACAAAUCCAACACCUGUAAAUGUGUUAGAGUUGAACGCAGUGACAGAUGCGGAUAUGUUUGGUUCAAAACGGAUAAAACUUAUUACGCCGCCAUAAGCAGCUGGAUAGAUUCUAAAGGUUUCGUGCAAACGAAUCUAGUUCUUAACUGGAAAGAUGAUCAGAAACUGGAGAGCAGACGAUUACAAGAAGAAAAUGCUGCAGCCAAAGCACGGAGACUAUGA